UCAAAAUCAUCGGCAAAAUUUUAAAAUAACAUACUGAAAAUGUGAAACCAUAAACAUGGCAGGGAACUAAGGUCAUGCCGAAAUAAAAAGAUAUUAACUUAUUUCGCUGGCAAUGAUACGUAAGAACUCCAACUUCCAAAAUUUACGACUUUUAUGCGAUGCGAAACGAGAUCUCGCAAAAAUUAUUUAUUUUUAAAUGACAGUUCUCAGUAAUAUUAUUCGUUUGUAGAUGUUAAUUCUUUUAGUUUAAAUCCAUUAAAUGUUUAACACUUUUGAUACGUGAUAGUAUAUGGCGGCCAGUGGACUAUGGCAAAUAUAGCAGUUCAACGUAUUAAAAGAGAAUUUAAAGAAGUUGUUAAGAGUGAAGAAGCUGCAAAGUGUGCUAUUAGUGUAGAAAUAGUUAAUGAUACUUAUACAGAAUUAAAAGGAGAAAUAGCUGGACCACCAGAUACUCCAUAUGAAGGUGGAAACUUUGUUUUAGAAAUCAAAGUACCUGAAACUUAUCCUUUCAACCCUCCAAAGGUCCGUUUUGUAACUAAAAUAUGGCAUCCUAAUAUUAGUUCAGUUACUGGAGCUAUUUGUUUAGAUAUUUUAAAAGAUCAAUGGGCAGCUGCCAUGACUUUACGAACAGUCUUACUCUCUCUUCAAGCGCUUUUAGCAGCUGCCGAACCAGAUGAUCCCCAGGAUGCAGUUGUCGCCAAACAGUACAAAGAUGAUAACGAAAUGUUCAAGCUGACUGCUCGGCACUGGGCACAAGCUUAUGCUGGUGCUCCUGCUUCCCCAUCAGAGUUUGAUGACAAGAUAAAAAGGCUCAUGGAUAUGGGUGUAGAUGAACACAAAGCACGAGUGGCCUUAUCUUCUUGUUCUUGGAACUUGGAGAAGGCAACUGAAACACUCUUUAGCUAGAACACCCCAUCUUCCUCAUCUUCAUUCAAGAAUAAAAAGAAAAAAAAAACUGAGAUGUGAUUCUAGCACUUUUUGAAGAUCACCAUUUGUUGACAAUACAGAAUGUUUACGGAAUUUAGAAUUAGAAAAAUUAAUAAAUAACCUUUAAAAACUUCAUAAUCUGAAGAUUUUACAUUUCUCCCUCAUUCAAAGAUGCUGAAUUAUUCUUAUUUUUCUUCAAAAUGGGUUAUACCAUUGGCAUUCUGGCAAAAGUCACUAAAUUCAAUACUUGUGUUUUUCGAUGUUGUAAAAUUAAAAACUUUAAACAUACAAGGGAUGAGCAAAUGAAAAGGUAUGAAACAACAUGGUGGGUACAAAUGUGGACUUUAUUCAAAAUAUACACCAUAGGCCUGAGUACAAUGAUCCCACUGAUGAACAAGCCGCAGGAUACCUUGUUCCCAGAAUUCCUGUGGCUGUGACAAGAUCUUGUCCUUCAGUGUCUUUGAGUAUGUCAUCCGAGUUGAAGUGCUUCCUUUUCAGGUGUUUCUUCAGCAGACCAAACACAUGAAAAUGGCAGGGAGACAUGUCCGGACUGUAGGGCAGAUGGUUCAAUGUUUCCCAUUUGAACUUAGGGCACUAAGUUUUCUGACAGACUUGUCAGAGACACAUUUCUCCCCAUAAACGGUCACCAACUCCCGAUGAAUAGCUGCCGGUUUCUUGAUCAUCCGCUGUCAGAAAUCGGAUAACACUUCGCUGCUCCUGAAUCGUCAAAUUUUGCAACGCAAACACCAUCCUGUCCUUAUAGGGACUGCCGCAUUAUUUGGACGCCGCUUUUUAUAAGAGCCUUUGCUCUCCCCUGCACAUGCGGGCACCCGCGCAUGCUCCGAUCCCAGUCAGAGCCUCCAAUGGCAUCCCGAGAUGUUUCGCUACAUCCUCCUAUGACGGAAUAUGCAAAUAUUUAACUUUUUCAUUUGAUCACUCCUUGUAUUACAUGGAACCUAUAAGAAAAAUCUUUACAGACUCAUUAAAAAGAUAUCUUAUUUAACUUGCAUAAUUAGUUAAAAUCAUGAAAUAACUAAUGGGAAAUUGUAAAUGACUGCAGAAGUAUGUCAAAUUUGUUUUGUGAAAGUUGUGACUCUCGCCUGAAUGCUGAAAAUAUGCAAAUAUUUUAUGAAACUUUUAAUGGAUUAUACAGUAGAAGACUUAUAAUGCACACCUUGGGACCAGAGCUUUUGAGUUAUACAGGCAGAUCAUUUCACAAAUUUUGAAACUAAUAUUCAGAAUAUAUCUAUAAAAUAGCACUUCAGAGUGAGUUUUAUCUGCAAUGAGUAUUAAAGCACUCAUAUUACAAUUAGUCAUUCUCAAAUAAAUAUGUUUCACAAUUAAAAGAAAGUGAAAAUAUCCUGCACUUCUGCUAGCUUUGUGGUUUUCAUAACAGCUGCAUCUUCAAGAACCAUUUGGUGUUUUCUGAUUACUAUGAAUACUAAUUUUCAUUUAAAAAGCUUUGAAUUAGGAAGGUAAGAUGAUAAACUGUUUCAAAAUUUAAUUUGCCUAACAAUUUUUAUGUUUGCAAAGCAAAACAGAGGGCUUUUUUAAACUUCAAAUCCAAUUGUUUACUUCUGAAAAGUUGUGCGGUUUAUAGAGAAUUGUGUUAUAUAGGUUGGCGUUAUAAUGGUAUUCUACUGUAUUUCAUCCUGAUGACUUACUAAGAUAUGUUUUUUAACAAAUUAUAUUACUUUUCAAAACUACUUAUUGCAUUGCCUUUGGAUGAUUUUCAUUUAAAUUCAUGUGAAGAAGAAUUAAAAGCUUUUGAUAUUUUAUAUACAUCAAAAUGUACAGCUACAAAAAUUAAAAAUAAAUUAGAAAAAAUAUAUAAUUGACUGAUGUAAGUCGCAUAAGUUAUGAAAUAUUUUAAUUUUUAAAAUGUUAUGUUCUUUGUUUUAAUAAAAUACCAGUGU